ACUUCAUUUAAUAACUUGAACUCAAGCGCAAUGACCCGGAGAUUAACCAGCAAACAUGUCACAUAGGUACCCUUGCGGCGCAUGCAGCCGGGGUGUCGGGAGCGGCUCAGUUCAAUGCCACCAAUGUAGCCGGUGGUUCCAUGGCCGCUGCGCAGUCCUCAACCGGUCGAAUUUGCUGCGACUCGCGAAGCUCCACACGGAAUGGAGAUGCACCACCUGCCAAAAUACUCCUGUCGCCCAGCCCUGCGACCCGCAGCGUCCUACCUCCAACGGCGAGAACAGCCCACAGCCGCCUCGCGACGCCUCAACACCAGCCUCCUCGCCGUCACCGACACCGACCAGCCAGCCAGCGCGAGACGCCUCACCACCAGCCUCCUCGCCGUCACCGACACCGACCAGCCAGCCAGCGCGAGACGCCUCACCACCAGCCUCCUCGCCGUCACUGGUUCCGGUCAGCCAGCCACCUCACGACGCCAGAGACCAGCCGUCCACCCAGAGUCCUGCUGAGUGUGUCGCCUGCUCCAUUCGCAGCCGCAGGAAGACAACCAUCACCUGCGGCUCCUGUAGGCAACUAUGGCAUACUUCCUGCGCUAAGGUCCCUGCAAGGAAAUCCCAUCACCUCCCUGUUUGGCAUUGUCCUGCAUGCCUCGGCCGCGAGUCAGCCCAGCUCUCUGACGCUUUCAACGGAAGAGAGGUUCCAGACACUGGCGUCGUCGAAGGACUGGCAACUCUAAGGAGAAGCACUAAACUAAUCUCGCGAAUACCUAAAGGCGUAAGGCCCCUGGUGGCCGAUGCCCUAUGCAGCGCCUUAGAGGAUGCCCUUAAGCUACGCACAAUCUGCGCGUGGUGGACCUUCCUGUCUUUCGCGUUCUUCGCGCUACGCACACCAGGAAAAGGCGAUAAUAAUGUCAGUGCCGCAGCGAGCAUCAGGCAGCAGCUCUCCAGCCCCAACCAAACCAUGACACCAAACCUGCUUCCCGAACCACCAACAAAUGACUCAGCACGAGAACAUCAAAAGCCUGCCACUGACGCCCUGGCCCGUCGGAUCCUCGGGAAAUGUGCAGAUGGCGACAUCCGGGCGGCCCUAAGGCUACUGACCUCAGACGAUACAGUUGCCGAGCCUGACGCCGAAGUAAUCGCCGAGCUAAUGCUGAAACACCCAGCAGCUCCCAAGGACGAGCUUCUGCCGCCACCGCCCGCCCCAUCAGACCCAGGGCCGCUCACGGUGACGCCGGAGGAGGUGGAGGCCGCUAUCAACUCGAUGCCUCCGGGAUCAUCAGCAGGCCUAGACGGCAUCAGGCCGCUACAUCUACGCCAGCUUAUAUCCAGGGAGGCGGCUGAGAGCGGCCGCCGUCUUUUGCACUCUUUGACGGUACUCACCAACCUGGUGCUGGCCGGCGAGGUGCCGGAUUGUGCCAGGGACGCCCUUUUCAGCGCCUCACUAUGCGCACUCAGGAAGAAGAGCGGCGGAUUGCGGCCCAUUGCAGUCGGGAGCGUCUACCGACGCCUGCCAUCCCGCAUCGGAGCACGCUUCGUGGCAGACAGCCUUGGUGCCGAACUCCGUCCUGUCCAGCUCGGGGUAGGAACGCCCCUGGGCUGCGAGGCGGCGGUCCAUGCAACGCGCAGUUUCAUUGAAGCCAGCCGACAGUCAGCUGCUCCACACGUGCUGGUCAAACUUGACGUGUCAAAUGCUUUUAACACGGUGCGGCGCGACGUCUUCUUGACCCGCAUUAGGGAGCGAUGUCCGGAGGUGUACUACCUAGCCUACCAGGCCUACAGCUCACCCAGCCCACUCAUCAUCGGAGGGCAGACCAUCGCUUCGGCCUGCGGUGUCCAGCAAGGCGACCCGCUCGGACCGGCCGCGUUUGCUAUCGCCAUUGACUCCUGUGCCAGAGCAGUGUCAGCACCUCUGAACAUCUGGUACUUGGACGAUGCAACGCUGGCCGGUCCAGCCAGCGCGGUCGCUGCUGACAUCGCAACACUUCCAACAGCGCUGGCAGCCGCUGGUCUCUCACUGAACGCGUCCAAGUGUGAGGUGGCCUUCAUUGGCGCUGAAGAUUCGGACCACCGCCACGCUGCCAUCGGCGCCAUCUGCUCUGCGCUGCCUGACGUCAAAGAGACUGAGCUCACAAACCUAUCUCUGCUUGGCUCUCCCCUGACCGACGGCAGCAUAGGAGCAGCAGGGGAGGCAGCCUCUGCUAUGGUGCAACGCCUCUGCACCCGGCUGCGCGAGCUAGACAGCCACACUGCGGUGUUUUUCUUGGCGCACCACGUAUCGGCACCGCGUCUGACGUACCUGCUGCGCUCCGCACCGGCGUUCAAAGCCCCACACGUACUCCAGGCUACUGACGAAAUGGUGCGCAGCACACUAGAAGCGGUCUGCAACGUGGCCAUAAACCCUGCGGCAUGGGAGCAGGCGUCGCUUCCAGUGAAGUUCGGCGGCCUGGGCAUCCGGUCAGUCGAGGCACUGGCGCUACCAGCGUACAUUGCGUCGGUAAACGCAGCACGCCCCCUCAUCCGUUCCAUCUGUCCGAGUGUGACUGAUGAACUCUCAGACACCUUGGAGACCGCAGUCAGCGCGUUCCUUCAUCGCACAGGGGUGGACCGACAGCAGCUGCCGGACGGUGAGCUGGUCAGUAGUCAGCGCGCGUGGGACACCGUCGCCUGUACGGUGGUCCAAAGUCGCCUACUGGUACCAGCCAACCAGAUCGACCGAGCUCGGCUCAUCGCCGCCGGCCAGCCGCACACAGCGGCCUGGAUCCAGGCGGUGCCGGUGCCGAGUCUCGGGCUUCACCUCGACGACGAAACCGUCCGCGUCGCUGUGGCCCUGAGACUCGGCGCCCCGGUUUGCGAGCCGCAUCGGUGCCGUCUGUGUGCGCGCCCCGUCACCCCGCUGGGACAUCAUGGCCUCUCCUGCCAGAAAAGUGCGGGUCGCCACUUGCGUCAUGCCCACUUGAACGACGUGGUGCGUCGCGCUCUCUCCGGCGCUGGCUUUCCCGCCAUUCUGGAGCCAGUCGGCCUCGACCGGGGCGACGGCAGACGACCGGAUGGCAUCACCGUCUUCCCCUUCCGCGAGGGCAAGUGUCUGACGUGGGACGCGACCUGCGUCGACACUUUCGCCGACCACAUAGCGGUGGAGUCCGCACUGAAACCGGGUGCAGCUGCAAGGCAAGCCGAAGAGCGAAAGCGGCAGCGUUAUGCGGACCUAGCCAGGAGGUAUAGCUUUGUUCCGGUGGCACUGGAGACAACCGGUGUCUAUGGUCCGGCCGCCGCCGCUUUCGUCCAGGACCUGGGGAGACGCCUGGCAACCUGCACGGGUGAGCGUCGCGAGACGGAGUGGCUGCGACAGCGGCUGUCCGUGGCCAUCGCUCGUGGCAACGCGGCCUCCGUCCUCGCCACCGCUCCCCAAUCUGGCAUAGAACAAGCAGGCCAAACCCGCAGGGCUGCCUCCACCGCUGGGAGCAACCCAGGGACGACGCGCCGGUGGCCGCGGAGCCACGCGGUAACGGCCGCUACGCCAUCGGCUAGCUGUGCGCCUGAGGUCGAAACCAGCGGCAAGAGGAGCACAAGAGCCACGCCGCCCAAGGCAGAUUCUCCGACUGAGAUCAACCUGGGCAACUCGUGCUACCGGCGCGGCCUGGUCAACCUUGGGAACACGUGCUUCAUGAACACCGUGCUACAGGCGCUGUUCCAUUCAGAUCAGCUGCGCGGCGAGGUGCUGGCAGCGCGGCCGUCCCCCUCCCGCCCGCACCUGGCGGCACUACAGCGAGUGUUCGCCUUCCUGGCGUUCUCGGAGCGGCCCGUCUACAGCCCGGGCGAGUUCCAGCGGACCGCUCUGCCGCCCUGUUUUGAGCGGGGCCGGCAGCACGACUGCUCAGAGUUCCUCCGAUGCUUUCUGGACGCCUUGCAUGAGGAGGAGCGGUCUCCGGCAGCUUCCCCUGCCGCACCGGUCGCGGUCCCGCCGCCAGUCCCUCCAGCUGCUGCCGCCGCACGCACCAGAGACGACUCCAGCGUGCCGGGAGCAGCGGCGAUGGAGCGGCCGCGGUCCCGGCGCCGGCACCGUUCCUGCGACACUGCGCGGGCCGGCGGGAGAUCGCCGCCGGUGCAGCUCUCUGACCUGGCCAGCGACGAUGUGGCGAUGGCAGAGCCGGCCGGAGACAGGGCGGAGCGGACUGCCGCGGAGGGGGAGCCCACAGAGUCACCGGACACCGGCGGGACGCAGCAGACUGAUCCGGACGGCCAGGCGCAGGGCGAGGUGGUGCGUGAGCACGGCACUGGCGAUGCCGGAGCUGAGGAGCCGCCCGCCGGCCUGGUCCGUCGGCUACUGACCGGACGGGCUGAGACUACAUUCACCUGUCUCACGUGCGGCGGCGCUUCGCGCCACGAGAACAGCGUGACGGACCUGCACCUGGCUCUGCCGGAGUCGGUGACACGGUCACUGACGGCAGCUGCCGCGGGCGCCAGGGGAGCCGAAACUGCGCCGGCGUUCGGCCCCGCGCCGCGGCCGGUCGGUUGGCGGGGCACGCCACCGACGGACAACCAGACAGAGGUCGAGCUAACCGUAUCGCAGCUGCUGCUCGACUACCUGACGCCGGAACGACUGUGCGGUGAUAACCAGUAUUACUGUACCAAGUGCACCGGCCUGCGGGACGCCGAGCGCCAGCUGCGACUGCUCUCUCCGCCAGCCAACCUGGUCGUCUCCUUGAUGAGGUUCGCGGUUGACCGGCGCACCGGUGCACGCCGCAAGGUUCUCACCCCUGUGGAGCUCACCGAGUGGCUGACAGUGCCGCUAGCCACCGGCCCGCCCGCCCAGUACCGGCUGUAUGCAGUGAUAGUCCACGCGGGCCAUUCGCUGGACGCUGGCCACUAUUUCUCAUUCUGUCGCGCCUCCGGUGGCGGUGGUAUUGAUGGGAUGGACGAUACCGGCUGGUGGCGGCUGGACGAUACGUCAGCGGUGCCGCGGGCCCGGCGUCCCUCGGAUGCGUCAGCCGACGACGAGGCGAAGCGGUCCAAGCAGGAGAACGGCCACAACGGCGUCAACGGCCAGGCGGCGCCCCUGAUAUGCGUCCGCUAA